UUGAGGAGUCCACCCAGAAGCUGGAGCCCAUGUGCCAGGGAGUCAUGGAGACGUUCAGGCUGGCCAACCAACCCACCCUCAAGAUUUUGUACGUGUACCGCGGGUGUUGCAGAGCACAGGGCCCGACAGCCAUGGAGGCUUUGUUCCCGUCUUGGGUGGACAAUGGGAUGGUUGUGCGCUUGGACAUCUUCCACUGGCUCCAUCGGUUUGACGCAGCCAUACGUACAGAGUCUCACUCGAAGUACGCUGCGUUCAAGUCGGCUUUGACCGGUGCAGUGCUGGCCUACAGUCGCCCGGACCUGGAGCUGCUCAUCAAGGCUGUGAGAGCAAAGGACCCAGCCAGACUGAAUUCUGUGUCGGAUGAGGAUGUCGUCUGGCUCCUCAUUUCCAGGGAGCAGCUCAGGCACCACGUGCGCAGGGUCACACUCGGGGCUCAGGAAACAUUCCGGCACAUCCACCUGGCCAUCGAGCAGCUGAAAGGUCCUGCUGGGCUGGACGAGAGUGGCAUGAGCCUCUUCAAAACACCUGAGGCUCACUGCGCAGCAAGCCACUAUCAGGUUUACCUGAUAAGUGGGAUCGCAAGGUGGAACUCUGAUAGGAGCUCAGAUGCCGUGUUUUAUGGCAAAGCACGGCACUACAGGGUCUACUCUGCGCCACUUAUCGACCGCCUCAACACACGCUGUCAGCAGCUGUUUGGAGAGACCGUGGAGGAGAAUUUCCGGGCCCAUGCUGACGUGGCAUCAAAUGAGCUGCUCAGGUUGGAAUACCUGUUCCGCCAGAGCACGGGUGAAUCCUUCUGCCUCCGGGAUAUCAUCAACGAUGGGCCUGAUGAGGAGGAGGUGGUUUAGCCCGGGCAGCCCGAUCCACAGGCGGAGGUCGACGAAGCCUACCAGAGUGAUGUGGAGGCACCUGAUGACAGGGAUCUUCACACCACUCUGCCCCACAUCACUCUCACCAGUGAGGAAACCUCCACUGUUCACCCUCCGGCCUUUUGAGGAUGCCUGCAGUCCGAAUCCUCUUCCUGGGUUCAAGAAGUUGGAGGACUUCUGUUCAGCGUUGAUGGAGAUUGUUCUGGCAGAAGAAAACAAAUUGUCACUCACCACGGAGCAGAGGAACAAUAUCCUGCAGUCGUGGAACGCCGUGGAUGAGCUCGACAAACAGCCACUGAGGUUCAACCAGCUGUACAGAACACACUGGGGCAACACCCUCUACUGCAGGACGAAGAGGGAUGAUCUUGCUGAUGCUGCUAUGAUUCAAAAGGUCAAGAUUGCCAAGAGGUAAGCACCGGCUGAGCAAGACAUCAACCCCCAGGUGAACCGGCUCAAGUACACGCUGGUCAAGCUUCUGUGGCUCAACUCACCUCAGGGGUCGCACAGUGGUCCGGAGAAGAGCAGAAUCCUUCGGUUGUAUGAAAAGGUCCAGCACCGGAUUUUGGUGGAGGAUCCUGUCCUGUCUAAGGUGAGCAUUCCUCUGCCCAAAAUCAACACCAAAACGGUGCAAGACUUCAUCCGUCACCAAGACAGACUGCUCAACCUCCAUUCAACCACACAGCCGUCCACCUUCACCAAAACCACCUCCAUUUCAGCUGCAGAGCUGCCUCCAGCCCCACACCAACCAGCCGUCCUCCCUCCACCAGACUACCCUGUGAUGGCGUAUGAGCCAACACCCAGCAGAGCGGGGACCAAGGUGUUGAAGGGAAGGACGGACAUACCACUGGCCAUCAAACAGCCUCCACCACCACCAACUGUGCGACUCCCCCCAGCAAAAACAAGUCCUGCCCCUUCCACCAUCACCAGACCUGAGCCCACACCCUCAACACCCACAGCUGUUGCUGAGCCUUCUGCUCCUCCCACCAUACCUGCAGCUCCGUCAACUUCGGGGCCUGCCGUUCCCCCUUCCUCAGCGCUGCCUGCUCUGCCCACAAGUCCCACCACUGCCACCUGGGCGAGAUAAUAAAUAUAAAAAAAUAAAAAUAAUAGCUUACAUUGUGAUAUACAUUAUUUGAAAUGUGCUUGACGUGACAACAUUCAUAUACAAUCCACUGCAUCCCUGUCAUACACUGAUUUUACCACUAGAGUGUGCCAAUAAUCCACUACCCCUGUCAUAUUCUGCUUUUACCAUCUGGAGGAGCCACUCCCCCACAUUGCUUUUGUCAUUACAUUACAUUACACUUUUUCUUGCUCUCUCCAUCUGUAGACUUUGGGCCAAUCGCGUCUGGGUAUAUUUGCACUUCAAUACACCUGAUUCAUACACAGAGAGACAGGAUGUGCUCCUGCAGGUGUGCAAUCCACCGCUCUUGCACAGACAGAGGUCCAUGAAACACCUUUUCACAUAACCUAAACAACAGCAAGAGGAACAGAGUUAUCUUUGAAGCAAUUUCUAGGUAAAACAAUUUCUCAAUGCUGUUAUUAAUCCACAGAGUUAAUAAGGUUAAUAUCUGAGUAUGAACAAAGAAUUAGGGGGGGGUUUACUGAGAAUGGAUUGCAGCCCUUUUUUUAACAAAGUGUAGCGCAUUAUUAGCCCCUGCUCUCCGUUCCAUCUAUUUUUCUAAUUAAGAUCAAUUGGCUAUUCCAACUACAGAUCAUGCUCAAAAAACUCAAAGAACUGACCUACUGCAACUUAUGGAUUUAAAAACAGUGUAUAACUGUUUAUUUGUUCAGUAAAAACAAGAAUCAACAACAAACACAACAAACACUUACACUUUGUAGAAAAUGACAAACUUUAAAUAACAGAAAAUACAAACUAGGAAUAAAAUAUAUUAAUGAUAAUUAAAAAAAACCAGUGUUUCAACUGGUGCAUUUUGGGCUUUUUUGGCUACUCAGGAAAUACAAAAACACUUGUUUUUAUGUUCUGAGCUACUGUAGAAACAUGGUGGCUUCUGUGGAAGAGGACCCACUCCUUUGUAGAUAUAAAAGUCUCACUAUAAGUUAACAAAAUUAAUUAUCUUUAUAUUUAGCUGAUUAAACACUAAUUUAAACACACUUGGGAUUAAUAUCCUAUUUCUACUAAGUCUGUUGUCUCUCAGUGCCGAUAAACUCCUUACACUUUAACUCUAAUACACUCUUAUCACACACUUUGUACAUAUGAACAUCCAAAAAUAUUUACAUUUGGAUUUUUACACUGCUCAAGCAAAACCUUAAUUACUGUGCAGAGGAGGCAGUAGAUCCCAGGACGCAUCGCUUCAGACUCUCCACACCAGGAGUGAACUCAGACUUUUUUUUCCUCUUCUUUUUGUUGAGCUGAACUUUCCUAUUAUCAGCCUGUCCUGUUGCCUGGCUUUAUUAAGACAUUUAUUUUUGAAUCAUUGCCUUUGUGGGGUCUUAUUUUCAACUAAAUGUUAAAGCCCCCUAACCAACUGUCCUUCCUCUGGAGUAGUACCAGGCUGCAUGGCGGCACAACGAAGAGUUGACUGCAGGCUGCAUGGCGGCAGAGGCUGAGGUGACUGCAGGCUGCAUGGCGGCAGAGGCUGAGGUGACUAAGCCGGAACAUCCAUUCAUGGGGACAUGCUCACCCAUGGCUUGAUGCUUUUUUGAUGCCAUCUGUGAUUUAAAUCAACAAUAAAAUUAUGACAAUGUA